ACAGGAGCAAACAAAUAUGAAAGAAAAUGUGGGUUGUUGCUGUGGAGUACUGCAAACAUGUUGCCAUCGCCCUGACCCUAAAAAAGACAUUAUCAAGGGAAUUUUUGAGAUUAAUCACAGCCCUUGGUUCUCUCUCUUUGCCGUUGGACGAUCAGUUGCUAUUCGGAUUUACAGCAGCGAUAAAGUGGAUCAAAGCACUAGGAAAGGGUCAGAAAGUGACAACGCAUACCUACUCCAAGGGAAAAUGAAGCUGCCAACGAGAAUAAUCAAAUUUGAAUUGAAGUUCGAGGUGGAUCGAGGGUUCGGGACUCCAGGCGCUUUUGUUAUAGAAAACAGAGACAAGCAUGAGUUCUUCCUCAAAUCCGCCACUCUUAAGUACAGUAUUCCUGAUUAUGGCAAGCGGGAGUUCCGUUUUUACUGUGGUUCCUGGGUGUACCCCCUCCACAAGACCGGAGUUAAACGGGUUUUCUUCACAAACCAAUUAUAUCUUCCAAGCGAAACACCUUCCGGUUUAAAAGAAUUGAGACAGAAAGAACUUCAGAAAUUGAGAGGAGGGUCGAAAGGUGAGAGGAAACCAUGGGAUCGAGUGUAUGAAUAUGAUUACUAUAAUGAUCUUGGGGAUCCUGACAACGGCCGAGAGUACGCUCGGCCGAUUUUGGGAGGUUCUACUGACUAUCCAUAUCCACGAAGGUUAAAAACAGGCCGCCCCCCUUGCAAGAAUGACCAUUCAGCCGAGUCUCGGCCAGCCAGCUGCUUUCAAACUUAUGUUCCACCUGAUGAGCGAUUGAGCCAAGAGAAACAAGAAGAACUCACAAAUAAUGUCGUUGAUGCUCUUCAGCGAUUUCUUAGCCCAAAGACAGAUCACUCAAACCGGUGGUAUCAAGAAUGUCCCGAUCUCAUUAAGAAAAUUGUACAUUUCUUUGUUCCCAGGGGUGCAUUUUCAACUGGAGAUUUUAGGAUUCUUCAGUCUAUCGUAGAUUUCUUUAGAAGAAACCCAAAAUCACCAUCCCAUCAAGAUACCGGCAGUUCAGAUCCAAUUGAUGCCAUAUUAGACAUUUUCUCAGAGAAAGAAGUAAAAGAAAUAGAUGGUUGGGUCAAGCAGAAGCUGGAAAAGUUGGUACCAAAGGAAAUUUUUAACAAAGUUGUUGCUACUUCAACCAAAAGAAACAUUUUGAACUCACAAUUACCUUCAAUUAUAGCAGAGGAAAAAUUUGCAUGGGGUGAGGAUAAUGAAUUUGGACGCCAAAUGCUUGCAGGAACCAAUCCAGUUCGAAUCCGGUGCCUCCACUCUUCCCCCCAAAAUAAGGAAUUCUCACCUUUGAGCGGGCCAAAUCAGCUGCCUGAUGAGGUCCUGAAUGCUUCUGGUGUUGAAAAGGCAAUGCGUGAAGGUAAGGCAUACAUCUUGGAGCACUAUGACUACCUCCUGCCAUUUCUAAACAUGAUAAAUGGAAAGAGUGUUUGCGCUUAUGCAACUCGAACAGUACUAGCAGCGGGCUCAACGAUGGACACAUUACAGCCAAUAGCAAUAGAACUUCGCUUGCCUGACCCCAAGAGCAACAUAGUUUUUUUUCCCGAUCAUUACCUAUGGGAGCUUGCAAAAUUUCACGUUGCAGCAAACGAUGCAGCUUACCACCAGUUGCAUACUCAUGCUGUAAUUGAGCCAUUCAUUAUUGCCACUAGAAGACAGUUGAGCGUGAUGCAUCCAAUUCAUCGGCUAUUAGAUCCUCAUUUCAAAGACACCUUGCAUAUAAAUGAAAUGGCUCGAGGCUUCUUCCUCAAUGCGGAAGGAAUUCUAGAGACGACCCUUUUUACAGGUGAAUUUUCCAUGCAAUUGUCUUCCCACUUGUAUAAACAAUGGAGGUUUGAAGACCAAGCCCUUCCAAAAGAUCUUGAGAAAAGAGGUAUGGCCAAAAAAACAGGAGAGAGUGUCAGAGAUAAAAAUGUCUCGGAAAUAAAGGAGAAGCCAGCAGAAAAGAAACCGGAGAAAAUAGACAAAGAUGGCGAUCUGGUAGAGAGAGACGAAAGUCUGGAAGAAAUAGACGAGAAUGUGGUAGAAUUAGACGAGAAUCCACCAACAGAUAAGGCUCCGGAUGAAAAGGUGACUUUUCCCGCUGGGGUGAAGCUCGUUUUAGAAGACUAUCCCUAUGCUAAAGAUGGAACUGAGAUAUGGGAUGCCAUUGAGACAUGGGUCAGAAAAUAUUGCAAAAUUUUCUAUAAAGACGAUGAUGCUUUCAAGAAAGACGAGGAAAUCAAAGAAUGGUGGUCCGAAAUUAGAGAUGUAGGCCAUGGUGAUCAAACAGAAGGGUGGUAUGAUCUUACAGCAAGUGAAGACCUCGUAAAGGCUCUAACAACUAUCAUAUGGAUUACUUCAGGUUUGCAUGCUGCAGUGAACUUCGGGCAAUAUGCAUAUGCCGGUUGGCCUCCGAACCGUCCCAUGCUAUUAAGGAAGUUCAUUCCAGAGCAAAAUACAAAAGAAUGGAUAGAGCUGUUGGAUGAUCCUCAAAAGUUCAUUGCCGAGAUGUUGCCUGAAAAGUUUCAAAUGUCAUUUGUUAUAGCAGUGAUGGACCUUCUCUCACGCCACACAUCUGAUGAGGUAUACUUGGGUCAAAGGCCACCAAAAAAUGAGUGGGAAGAUGAUGAAGAUGUUAACAAGGAAUUUAAAGAGUUCCGAGAAAAACUUCAACAAAUAGAGACAAAUAUAAUGGAAAGGAAUAAACGAUAUACCCUAAUGAACAGGUGGGGAUAUGCCAAGAUUCCCUACAAGCUUUUGUAUCCUGAUACAUCCAAGACAAGGGCUCCCUCCAAGGAGAAGAGCGGACCGGAGAAGAUGGAUAUUACUGGAAGGGGAAUCCCUAACAGCAUAUCCAUAUAGCAGUGUAUGCAAUUAUUCAUUGCAUUGCAAACUCCUCUAUGACAAAAUCUGGGUUUAAUCAGUUUCAUUUACCUUCAUCAUUAAUAUUCUCUGUUCAGUUCCAUUUAACUUUUUUAUUUUUGCUUUUCAAAGAAAUAUGUAUAAUUCUUCAUAAUAUGUAUUCAUUUCGAGCUAGAGUUUAAGAUGUCAUCUCGAAAGUCUAGAGCUUUGUCCUGAAAUAAACGGGAGGAAUUUGUUCUCUCCAUGAAUUAAAAAUUGCUGUGCUCAUGUGCAUAAGACACUGUAUUCAAUUAUAAUCUAAAAUUAAAUUACUGAAGGGAAACAAAGAAAAGUAAAAGCUCAUGAAUUUGUUUCAUUGCCAGGAAUCUGCUAUAG